AAAAAAUACCGGAAGCGCCCACUCGACCAAACUACCCUCCAGAGUGCAGACUCGCAGUCGCAGCAGCCGCCGCCGACGUCGCCGCCGCCUCGCCUCGCCCUCCCCUCCCAAUCCAAUCCGGCGGCACCGUUCCGAUUUCCGAAUCGAUGGAGCCGUCGAACCGCACCAGCUCGAGUCGUAGGGGGCAAAAUCCUCGUCCCGAUUCUCCUCCUCCGGAUUCUCCUCUGCCUUCCUCUCCUGCUCCUCCUCCUCCUCCCGAUUCUCCUCUUAAUCGUCCACUACCGCCGUCUCUUUCUCUUUCUUUCCCACCACCUCCUCCUCGUCCUCAUCCCCGUCCACCUCUUUCUCGCCAAUCACCUCUGCUGCAGUUGUCCGCGAGGGAGCGCCCCACUUAUUGGCGCUCGCGUCCCACAAGUCCCCAUUUUACAUUGAAUUCAGUAAAUAGGUACCAGACACUAUCGCUGCUUGAUUGCGACGACGAUAUACCUUCUGCUUCUGAAUCAUCUGCAGGGCACGGCGCUGAUAACAAUGAUAUGCAAAAUCCUGUUGAAGAUGGUUCUGUUCGUCAACACGGGUGCAAUGUGCUGCUGGAUGACGGAGAAUCUCUUAAUUCUGACUCAUCUGCCUGUUCCGAUUGUGAUGUUGAGAGUGAUGAGGAUGGAGAUUGCUCUAUUGGUAAUCCUUUUCUUACAGAUGGGUAUGGAAACAAAACAACUUGGAGGUUGAGUGACCUAAAUGCAGAAUUCACCAAGUAUUUAGAGGAGCAAGCAAGUAAACCAAAAGAAAAGAAACUCACAAAAGAAGAAAGGCUGAAAGUUCAUAGCAAUCGCAUGGAGCGAUACAUGAAAUCUGCUCUCCAGAAGUACAAUGCUGAAGAGAAACUUUCUGAGGAUAUGUACUUCGAGUUUGAUAAAGUUCAAUGUCAUAAUUGGAUUGUUGAAGGAGACUAUGACAAUCAGUUCUAUUACCAUUUCAAUUUUUCAGCUACACAAGCUUGCUCCACAACCUGCUUAUUUUUUGCUGAAGCGAUCCCAAAUGAUGGAGACAGCUUUGAUACCUCCUGCAAGCUCUUAACUGAUGGUGACAAUGGACAUUGCUACGGUUGCAAAAAUGCACAUGUGGACGAUAUGAGGCAUCCAGCCUGUGGCAAUGUCUAUGUUGGGGGUCAUAUAGACCAGACGUUCCCUUUUAUGAUUGACACCGAGAGUGAGGAUGACAGUGAUUGAGAGGUCCGUAGCAUCUACAUGAUAUCGACUAAGGGAUGGAAGAAAAGGAAUGAGAACCUGUGCUGUUGGUCUGCGAAUAAUUUACGGUUGCCACACCUAAGUGUGGUAAUAGGAUGUCUCCCAGUCCAACUAGUAUUACUUUUGGCAUCAGCACUUUAUGUGAGAUGUAGUUUUUUUUGUUCUGAGGAUGGUGCUCUGAACGUUGUAACUACUUGCAAAAUGUUUUUUUCUUCACUCCGGAGCCUGCUACUACUCUAUAAGACCAUUAUUUGAUGAACUCCCAAUUACAAAGCUCUACCUGUUGGACCCUUA